CGGCAUGAACAACGUCAGAUGAUUUUCGUUCCCCAGCAACACCAAAAUAAAAACGAGACAUCCGCUGCCUUCUUUCUGUUUUCACACCGUGUGGGAAUAUUCGACCACUCAGUGAAACGGAUUUCUCAUUUUUCUUCUAAGUGACAACGUGGUAGUUUCUGUUGGCGGAACGGUUUAUAUUCUAGCACACGGAACCAGAAAAGUUGGAGGCGGAAAUUAAACCUGUAAACAAACGUAUAGCUUUAGUUAGAAGCGGUUACAGUAUGUGCACAUUGAUUGUCUGCUGAGCCCAAAGAAGAUGUUUAAAAACACAUUCCAGAGCGGUUUUUUGUCUAUUUUAUAUAGUAUCGGCAGCAAACCUCUUCAGAUAUGGGACAAAAAGGUGAGGAACGGUCACAUAAAGAGAGUCACGGACAAUGACAUACAUUCGAAUGUGCUGGAGAUUGAGGGAACAAAUGUCAGCACCACCUACAUAACAUGCCCUGCAGACCCCAAGAAGACCCUGGGGAUCAAACUUCCCUUUUUGGUCAUGAUCAUUAAGAACCUCAAGAAGUAUUUCACCUUUGAGGUCCAGGUUCUGGACGAUAAAAACGUUCGCCGGCGGUUUCGAGCGAGUAACUAUCAGAGCACGACGAGGGUGAAGCCCUUCAUCUGCACCAUGCCCAUGAGGCUCGAUGACGGCUGGAACCAGAUUCAGUUCAACCUGUCCGACUUCACCAGGAGGGCUUAUGGAACCAAUUACACAGAGACGCUACGUGUACAGAUUCAUGCUAACUGUCGGAUAAGGAGGGUGUAUUUCUCCGACAGACUGUACUCUGAGGAUGAGCUUCCAGCUGAGUUUAAACUCUACCUGCCUGUCCAGAAUCAGAAGGCCAAGCAGUAGAGCUUCUUGCGGUGUGCAGCCCCCCCGAUGUGACUUGGAGUUUUAGUUGUGACAACAUUAUGCAGAUUCAGUGACACAUUUAGUUUUGACUUUUUCGUGAGUCUCUGCACAUUCAAGUCUGGUCUGAUGUUUCCUUGCACUGCUGUAAAAAGAUAAUUGAAUAAAUAAUAAAAAUCCA